AUAUAUAUGUAAAGACUAUAAAUAAGGUCAACUGCCUCGUUCGAUAUCCGAAUUCGACGUUUAGCAAACCCUCCUUCUCAAUCAUCUUCUUCUCUCCCUCUCUCUCAGCGAAACGCGUGCAGUUAUGGCGAUCAGUUCCUUCAAGCAAGAGCAUCCUCUCGAGAAGAGACAAGCUGAAGCUUCUCGUAUCAGGGACAAGUAUCCAGAUAGAAUACCUGUCAUCGUGGAAAGAGCCGAGAAGAGUGAUGUCCCUGAUAUUGAUAAGAAAAAGUACUUGGUCCCGGCUGAUCUGACUGUUGGUCAGUUUGUUUAUGUUGUGCGCAAGAGGAUCAAGCUCAGUCCGGAGAAAGCCAUCUUCAUUUUCGUCAAGAACAUUCUUCCACCUACUGCUGCUAUAAUGUCUGCCAUUUAUGAAGAGCACAAAGACGAAGAUGGGUUUCUCUACAUGAGUUACAGUGGCGAGAACACGUUCGGGAUCUUCUAAUGCGCUUGGAGCUACCAAUAUAUCUCUGAACCUUGAUGCAUCGGUCUGCUAUGUACAUUCUUUCGAUUUCUCUCUCUGUUUAGUUAUGUCUGAAACUACGGAAGUUGCUUUGUUAUGAUGGAACAUAUAUUCCAUCUCUUGUACUCUUCGUUUUCUUGGUCUUGCUUUGCUUUGAUGCUACUAUUAUUAAUCGCAUUCUAAUUCUCUUUAAGUCA